GGUGACAUAGAAAUUGAAGUAACAGUAAAUUAUAUUUUGAAGGUAGAAGGGAGAGUAAAACAAAUGGAGAAAGAGAAAUGUAUAAUCACAUUUAUAAAAAGCAUAGGGAAAUGGGAGAAGAUUUAAGGGAAGAGCUCUAUGUACAUAUAUAAAGGUAGAGGGCGCAUGCGCCAACGACCCCUAAAAAGAAGUUCUGCUCUGGUAGUGACCUAAUAAAUCAAAAGGAAUAGAAAAAACAAGCACGAUAAAAAAAAAAAAUAGGCAAAAAAUAGCCAAACCGCCAAAGACAACAUUUCCCCCCUAUAUGCUUUUAAAACAAGACAAAUCUGUCAGCCCUGACUUCAAUUACAGAACACAUCUCUCUGGGAGCCAAACUAGCUAACAAUUGGCACCAGCAUUUUCGAGACAGGUCACUUUGUGAACCGAUUUUUAAAUAUAUGCAUGGUGCAUUUAUAUACUGGUGUUGAACCUAUAACUAUCUAAAACGUAGCAAGCCACACAAAGUUUGAAAAGGGGCAACUAACCACGGAGUGCUUGCAUUUUUCUUUCUGCAGAAACUGCUUUUCCCAAUCGCAUCCCGAUUUGUUUCGCUGUUGUCGUCGACUGGUUGCGCUGUGUUUGCGUUAGGAACGAUAUUGUGGAUCCAUGUUCAGGAAUUUGGCCUUAAAUAUUAGACUUUUAUAUAAAUCCGCCCCAGCGGACUUGUUAGGCUUUUCGUCUUCACUGCGGGGCACGAUCACAGCCGUGUCUAGCCGGUUCCUCGGGAGAAUGGAGAGAGCCGUGGUCAGGUGUGUGCCCUCGGAAAGCAAGCUGACAAUCACCUUCACUUUGGACGGCUCACACAAACAAAUGCUGAGGGACCAGAGCGAACAGCUGGGCAAAGCUCUAGCGAGGAUCGCCAACAACGCCGUCAAAGGGCACGCCAAAGCCAAGAAGUCGAAAAAGAACAAAUGCGACCAGGCCUCCGUUUCGGAGCCCGUUGUGAGGCUGUACUUCAAGGAUGAUGUGGUGGCGGAGGAUGCGUUGAACUCGGCAGCCUGGCAGGAUGGAGCCGUGCUGCACGUCGGGGACAGUAAAUACAAAGUCGAGCGGAAUCCGCCGACCUUCACCGAUGUGGAGCUGCCAGCGUCUCUGCUCGCAGGAUUCCCUGUCUGCCCGAAACUGGAGAUCGAGUUCGGGGAUCUCAAAGACUGCACAUUUCAGUGGUUCAAAGAAAUCCGACACAAUUCCGAAAAAGAGGGUGAGGGUGAAAACAGCUGGGUGGAAGCCGGCCACGACAGGGUGUUUAUACCGUCUAAUGUGGACAUAGGACUGACGCUCAAGCUGAAGUGCACGCCUGGUAAUAAUAAUCACAGGUACGGCGUUGCCAGAGAACUGAUUACAUCCGGUAGCGUGGAGGCAGGUCCGGGCACCUGCACUUUUGACAGCAGGCAUUUAUACACAAACAGGGUCACAGACGAGUCCACUGUGAGGGCGGUUUCAUACAAUAUUCUAGCGGAUAUAUACGCCCAGACUGAACUGUCCAAAACGGUAUUGUAUCCCUACUGUGCCCCGUACGCGCUAGACAUCGGUUACAGGCAGAAUUUGCUCAAGAAAGAGCUGGCGGGCUACAAUGCCGAUAUCAUUUGCCUUCAGGAAGUUGAUAAGAGCGUGUUCACGCACAGCCUGAGUCCUGCCCUGGACGCGUUCGAUCUGGACGGACUGUACCGAAUCAAGGACAAGCAGCACGAAGGGCUGGCUACCUAUUUCAGGAGAUCCAAGUUCACGCUGCUGAGCCAACACGACGUGACGCUCAGCGAGGCUCUGCUGUCCGACCCGCUGCACAGGGACCUGCUGGAGAAAGUGUCUCUCAGCCCGGCUGUCAGAGACCAGGUUGUGCAGAGGUCAACUACUCUACAGGUCACCGUUCUGCAGUGUGUGAAGGACCCUUCCAGGAAGCUGUGUGUUGCUAACACUCACCUCUACUGGCACCCUAAAGGCGGGUAUGUGCGGCUGAUCCAGAUGGCGGUGGCCCUGCGGCACAUCGAGAGGGUGCUGUUGGAGCUGCACCCUGGCGCCACGCUCUUGCUCCUGGGGGAUAUGAACAGCACGCCCUCCUCGGGGCUGUACGAGCUGCUGACUCGGGGCGCUGUGUCGGAGCUGCACCCCGACUGGAGCGGAGCGGAGGAGGUCUGCCUGGCUCUGAGUCACAGCCUCACCCUGAGCAGUGCCUGCGGGGAGCCAGCCUACACCAACUACGUGGGGGGCUUCCACGGCUGCCUGGACUACGUGUUCAUGGACACGCGCGCCCUGGCCGUGGAGCAGGUCAUCCCCCUGCCCAGCCACGAGGAGGUGACCACGCACCAGGCCCUGCCCAGCGUGGCCCACCCCUCCGACCACAUCGCGCUCGUCUGCGACCUCUGGUGGAAGUGAGACCUGGGGCGGGGCAUGGGUUUUUAACGUGAAACUGGUUUGUUUUCCCCCGGAAGAUUUGUCAACCAUGUAAUUGUGCAGAUUUGGUGCAUGGGCUUACAAGACUCCCAUUGCAUAGCAGUUUGAUCCAUUCCUGGUCUUAUUAGGAGUUUAGUGAGUGUGUUCCCUAUACACUGGGCUGUAUUUUUUUCAUGGCACAUCACGGUGUAAAAAUAAAUAUUUUACAAUUAAACAUAUUCAUUGCAGCAGAAAAAAUAGUGUUGUCACAUUCAAAAUGUAUCAUUUAGUUAUUACAUGAGUGUUCCUAUCAUAUUUAAAUGCUUACCUGAAAAACAGUAAAUGCUAAAUUGCCGAGUAUUUCAUUUUUCAUGUCCACCUCUUAAAGACAUUCUGUUUGCACCAUCAAUUAUAUUAUUAAACAUAAAUAAGAAUAACAUUAGACACGUGAAAUGGCCCCUUGUUCUACUGGACAGAGACGUCUGAGGAGUUGAAAGCUGGUGUUUUAAUCUCACUCUAAUAAGUAUAAGAUCUUCAGAUCUGCUGACAGUAACACAGGGAGCUGGCAGUGUUAUGGCAGGAGAAGUUAGUGGAUGAGGGAUGAACAGUGAGGUGCCUGAGAGAAGUUGGGAAGUUAAUGAGGUCAUGCUUUCUUGGUUUGAACUAAAUUGGCAUUUCAGUUCUGUAAUCCCCCAUUAAUCUAGACCCAGAUCAAACAAGAAGCAUGUGCAAAGCAAUGCCACCUUGGUAAGGAUUGCAGACGAGGAAGCAGUCAUGCUGCUGUGGCCCCUGCAUUACCAGACGCUGCUACUGGGAGCUAUUGAGCACACGUUACGGAUUCUCUUUGUUGACCUGCCAGAUUGGGAUCAAAGAGACUGUUUCAUAAAAGGAAGAGCAAAUGAAAUAUUAACAAGAAGAAUAACCAAGGAGUCAUGAGACGUGCAUGAAAAAGUGAUUGUAAGUGUAUGUUCAAUGUGUCCCUUACAAAGAGCGAGAAAUGACUGAUUCUGCUAUUCUUCAUAAGGAAUACAUUUCAAAGAUGUAGUGUGCAGUCAGUCCUGUUGUUUUGGCAAUUAAUAAAGGCAAUAAGAUCUUGGGCGUACCCUUUUCAUAUCACUUUUAAAGCAAAGUAAAUGAAAAUCAUUAUUUGUGGAUACCAUAACACAAUGGAACACAAAAGAAGCAUGUUUAAUUUAGUGUAUAAAAGUGCAGAGGUUGCGUGUUUUGACCCUUUGCAGCCAAUGCAGCGCUCCCAUUGACAGUGGGGUUGAUAGACCUCCAUGUAAUGAACUGCACUGGUAUGCCAUUCACUAAUAAGCUUCUUUUCAUCUGCAUCACUUUCCGAAACAUACAACUCUGCAUUGGAGCACUUUCUAUUGGGUUGCAUUAUAUGUCAGAACUUUUCAAUGCUGUACACUUGCAUACAGCAGCUUUUCUCACCCCACAAAGUGAUUUGAAUUAGCCAUGGGUGUGUGCUGAGUGCAAAUCAGCUGCACUAUUCAUAUUAAUAGAUGUGACACCAUCAUAUUCUUCUAGUUUGAGUCAUUUCGAGUGAACAAAGGCUUGUUAUAUUCACUAUAACCUGUAUACUUGUCAUCAUGGGGUCUUAAUAUCACUGAUAAGCUUACUGUUGAGUGAGGGCCACCAAGCUUACCUACAGCCUUUGUUGUUUAAAGGAGUGUGCCUUUUGGAUUAAAAAUGCAUGGAUACAUAAGUUAUAGUUAAGAAUGAUUACAUUUAUUUUAUACAAAGGUUUCAUAAAAAUGUAUGAAAAACAAAAUAAAAAUGUUUUUCUUGAAA